UCUUUUGUUCAGUAGCGCUCAGCUGCUGGAGAGGUGAGCACCACUCCGGCUGCUCCUCCACUCAUCGCGGCUGCUGCUGCUGCUGCUCGACUCGGCUCGUUUGCAAGAAGAGAUCCGUUGCAUUGCAAAGACAACACAGUCCUCCGCUGGUUUCUCUGUACUUGACACCCAGGUCUGCACCCCAUCACUCCUCCGACGCACUCGCAGGGCUUUUUGUUGCUUUUUGGUUUCCUUUUUACGCGUCGUUGGAUGGCUCAGCUUCCCGGUCCGUGGCGUCUUUAACCACCUGCACCGUAUCACACCGACCGACGCUCCUGUGAAGCUGCAGCAUCGCUCUACAUUCCUGUGGACUGGAGCUCAUCGGAAAAGGUGCAGCAGGAUGCAGGGCGGACUGCCUGUGUGUGGACUGCAGCCCCUGCUGGCCCUCCUUCUGCUUCAGACUGCAGGCUGCGGUUUAACCAAUGCCGACACAGUGGUGAAUAUGCGGAAGGUGACCCAUCAGACCAUUAGAGAGGAGCUUUCGAAAACCGUCCUCCUCCCCUGCCUCUUCACCCUCCGCCCCACCACCGGUUCGUCCCAUGAGCCCCGGAUCAAGUGGACCAAGGUUUGGGGCCAGAGGGGCUCCGAUGGACUGCAGAAGGAACAGUCGGUCCUGGUGGCCAAAGACAAUGUGGUCAAGGUGAAAAAGGCCUUCCAGGGUCGCGUAACGUUGCCUGGUUACAGUAAGAAUCGCUACAAUGCCAGUCUUGCUCUCACCGGGUUGCGUUCAAGCGACUCAGGUCUCUACCGCUGUGAGGUUGUGGUGGGAAUCAAUGAUGAGCAGGACACGGUUCCUCUGGAGGUCACAGGUGUGGUGUUCCACUACAGGGCCCCUCAUGACCGCUAUGGCUUGUCCUUCGCCGACGCCAUGAGGGUUUGCGUGGAGAACUCGGCCGCCAUUGCAACACCAGGUCAGCUGCAGGCUACCUUCGCUGACGGAUUUGAUAACUGCGACGCCGGCUGGCUGUCUGACCAGACUGUACGGUAUCCCAUCCAGUCGCCUCGGCCUGGUUGCUAUGGCGAUCGGGAAGACUCACCUGGAGUCCGUAACUACGGCAGUAGGUCCCCUGAUGAGCUGUUUGAUGUCUACUGCUUCGCUAAGCAGCUUCAAGGUGAAGUGUUCCACUCCACAGUGCCAGACAAGCUGAGCCUUGCCACCGCCUCCACCCACUGCCAUUCACUGGGAGCCCAGCUGGCCACUGUCGGGCAGCUCUACCUGGCCUGGCAGGCUGGUCUGGACCAGUGUGAUCCCGGCUGGCUGGCCGAUGGUAGCGUUCGUUAUCCCAUCAAUGUCCCACGGAAAAACUGCGGCGGAGACGAUCCUGGCGUUCGGACUGUCUACACCAACCCCAACCGCACCGGUUUCCCGGACACCAUGGCCCUUUUUGACGCCUACUGCUACCGAGCCCACCAGCCAGCGGGGGUCCAGGCUGCAGAAGCACGAGCUUUGUACCAAACAGCCGGGCCAGCAGUAGAUGCCGUGUCAACAGUCACUGAAGCCCUGCGGAGCGCCCCUCCUUCCAAGACCUCCACGUGGACAGGCCUGGUAGACUUGGAGAAAGCGGGAGCCUCGUCCAUCGCAGGAACAAACAACUCUUCUGAGAUCUCUGAAGAACAUGUAGUGAUCCACUUAAGGCCUGGGAAGGUUUGGGAUGAAAGGCAGGAGGAAUCCAGAACGAGCCAACCCAAUCAGGAUGGCCCAAUGAGCGGCAACACUUUGGGCCUUUCUGAUCUUGAAAGCCUGGAGAGCCACGGAGGUUCUGCCCACGAGGAGGAAGAUAUAUUUGGAUCUGACACCCCGACAUUUUCCUCCACGGAUGCAUCCACCCCACAGCCUCAGACCAGUAAUAGUAUUCUGACUGAGUUUGUUAACACUCUUAUGAGGCCCUUCAAGUACUGGACUGGGGGCAAAAGUGGUGACAAGACAGAGAAGGAGCCCACAGGGACUGAAGAUAAGGUGGCGGAGAACCAGACGCAAGGAGAAGCAUCCAGCGGAAACCUGAGCAUACCGAAGCCCAGUGGAAACAAAGGCAGCAUGGACAAUGCCAUCAUGGAGCACAGAAGUGACGCUUUUUCCUUCAGGGGUCCCAGCACCGGACUGCAUAGUUCAGAGGAAGGUCUGUCUGAGCAGGAGAAAGAGGUGAUGCCAUUGAUUCGAUUAGUGCCUGCAGUGCAAAACACUGAGAAAAGCGACGCCAGCAGCGAUCCGGUCAAAGGAGCAGCCGGCACAUUCACUGAAAACCCUCAAUCUGCUAUCAACGAGUUCCCUUCAUCGGGUUCUACUGAGAGAUCACCACCCAGUGAACAUGUCAACAUAUCCGGUCCUCAGGGAUCCAGAGGACACCCUGCCUUUGCUCCCAACCCAAGCAGCAAGUUUCAGUGGGCCAUCAAGUCCAUGCGAGGCCCCAAACAAGGCCCUCCUGGAAACGUGGCCUAUGUGGGUAAACACCCCACCUGGGAACCACUGGAAGCCAAAUCAGGACCCCUUGAGGUGAUGACCUUGCCCACCUCCCUUCGACAGGACAACCUGGAAAACUACUCGGGUGAGGGCAAGGACCCGGAUGCAGAGGGAGCUACUACUGCAGCUGCCAGAAGUGGCUCAGGCGAGGAGAAGGAGGUAGAGGGGAGCGGAGAGGGGGGCAACUUUCCUGGUGGAUUUGCAGUGAAAGUCAACAAUGUGGCCAGCAGUGGUGCCAAACUGAGUACUGAAAGCGAAACUUCACUCAGCCGGAGUGAUUUCGUCACUGUGGCUGAGCUCACUACUCUGUCCCAGUGGCAGCUUGUGGAACAACCCACCACUCCACCGCAGAGCUCCCAGGUUUCAGACACAGCAGAAGAGGCCAGGGGAGAGAUCCUCUACGUACACCGGCCUACCGACAAUCUCUCCUCUGCCCCCUCACGCAAAGAGGAGGAUGGUUCCAAUUCAGGAUUCAUUCCGGUCCUUAGGAAUCACAACAAAGACACCAGCAGGAACGAGGUGAUGGCGACCACGCAUGAAGCAUUAAAGGAGGCGCUGACAACUUCUGAGGUAACAACUGUGGAGCCUCUCACUGGAGACGCUCAGAGGACGGAUCCUGCCACCACAGCAACCACUCCGCAAAACACAGCGGACACUUCCUCAACAGAGGAGCCAUCUAUUUCCAUUUCUUGGGUUCAAGAAGAGAAGGAGAAAACUACAGCAACUCCAACACCCGGUGGAGAAUCUCAAACGGCUACUGGAGUCCUUCAUUUGACCACCGUCGCGUCAGACUCCAAAGUUGGUGCAACAGCAAUGGAAUCCAGAUCUGCAGUUUCGGAGUCCUUCAUUGUGGGAAGUCGUUGGACAACUUUGAAAACCUCAAAGCCAGAGGAACAAAAAACCCCAGAGACAGCAGAGAACAAAGACACAAGCAAUCCAUUUGGUAUUCUCGUACCCAACUGGGCAUUUGGGAUCAUCCCAUCAGUAGACAGUAACCCCUGCCAGACCAACCCUUGUCUCCAUGGAGGGAGCUGCCUGCAGGAAGGUGAUGGCUACAGUUGCUACUGUCCUCAGGGCUUCUCUGGAGAGAGCUGCGAGAUCGACAUUGAUGACUGCCAGUCGAAUCCGUGCCAGAACGGAGGAACCUGCAUCGACGAGAUCAACUCCUUUGUGUGCCUCUGUCUGCCCAGCUACGGCGGAGCUACUUGUGAGAAAGACACCGAAGGCUGCGAGCACACCUGGAGGAAGUUCCACGGCCACUGCUACAGGUACUUCAGCCGCAGACACACCUGGGAGGACGCCGAAAAGGACUGCAGGGAGCACAGCGGCCACCUGGCCAGCAUCCACAGCGCCGCCGAGCAAAACUUCAUCCGAGGUCUUAGUCAUGACAACACCUGGAUUGGGCUAAACGAUCGCACAGUGGAGGACGACUUCCAAUGGACUGACAAGAUGGACCUGCAAUACGAGAACUGGCGGGAAAACCAGCCCGACAACUUCUUCGCCGGAGGAGAAGACUGCGUGGUUAUGAUUGCUCAUGAAAAUGGCAAAUGGAAUGACGUGCCCUGCAACUACAACCUGCCCUACGUCUGCAAGAAGGGAACAGUGCUUUGCGGCGCACCUCCCACUGUGGAUAAUGCCUUCCUGAUUGGUCGGAAGCGUUCCCACUAUGACAUCCACUCGGUGGUGCGCUACCAGUGCGCCGACGGCUUCCUGCAGCGCCAUGUGCCCACUGCUAAGUGUCGCGCCAACGGCAAGUGGGACCGACCCAAAAUCAUCUGCAUAAAAUCCCGGCGAGCCCACCGUUACCGGCGCCACCACCACAAGGGCAGGAGGGAGCGCAGGAAGCACAAGAGGCACGGCCACAGAGAUGGAGGCCACCACGGAGGAGAGCCGGGCCAGGGCCACAACCACGCCCACUUCUGAACCAAAAAAUAACAUCCACCCUUUCCUUUUUCUGUCCUCUGCCGCCGACUGCGGUUUGCCUGUUCUCCCUGUCGACCCCCAUUUCCCCCAAAACACUACUUCACAGCUCAAAACUCUCUUCCCAAUCCUCCCCAACCCCCUCUCCCAGCCCUGCACUACACUGUCCUGCCAUCAGCUCCACCUCCGGCUCUCCGAGUCACCCUGCAUCAUAAUCAGCCGUGAGGCCUGCCAGAGUGCUGCCAGGCGUCACCAGGACAAUAACGAAUCCCUUUGUUACUCCCCCCUUUUUUCACUUUCCUCUCUCUGCUUUACUUUUUUCUGCUCUUGUCUGUCCCCCCUCACCUCCCCCCGCCCCCCUUACGACCCACUUACUCUCCCUCUGAGCUCAACCAUGACCUGAAACAUGGGGCUAUGCUGACCUGUUUUUGGAAAAAAAAAAGAAGAAAAAAUUCCUUCGAGAUCUGCACCGAAAAAUUCUUUUGGAGAGAAGUGGUUUAGUGCAAAACUGUAAAUAGGGACGACAUCACUGAGAAACGCCGUAUCGAAAUCAGAGGAGUCAAGGAAGACAUCGUGUUGUUGACUUUAGCCUUUUUGUCUGUUGAACACAAGUUAUUUUCUACGAAUACUCAGUGUUUGUUUCUUGACUCUGCUGCUUUUGGUUUGCUCUUUGUAAGACAUUGUACUUGACUCCAAGCGACACUGGAGUUAUUCUGAAACAGAUUUAAUUGAGUUCUUUUGAACCAGAUGUAACUGAAUUAUUUGAUUGUUAGCAUUGUAUCUUCUUGUCAGUGUAAAAUGGUUACUUUAGAUCAGAUGCUGAAACCCCCAGAGGAAAAUGGAAAAACACAUGACAUCUCAGUGCAGCUUCACCACAAACGGCUCCACAACCUGUCGUGGUCAAAGGUUAAUAUAAAAGUUUGGUGUUGGUUUGUCUCAACUCAGCUCAGAAAUGUGUUUUUUAGAAUUUGUUGGCAUAUGAAAAAGUGAACUAGUCAGAGUGAUGCAGCAGGAUGAAGCGCUCAAGUCGCAUUUUUUAUUGUUUAUUACACCACAGUAUUAGUACGUUGAAAGAGAGCAGAAACCGGCCAAUUACUGCAUUAGUAAGGAGUGUUAGGCCCCGUCCACACGAAGACGAAACGCUGAACAGUUUCAAAAACGAUCGCUGUAAAGACGAAGGCGUCUCAGAAAAUCUAUGCGUCUCCACAAAUGCACUCGAUACACAUGGAAAUGCUGUAAAACACAUGCCAGACCUCUAGGGGCGCUGUAACAAUAUGACGGACACACGCGCAAACAGAAGAAAAAAACUGUGGGCAUGCGCACUUGCGGCAAAAGUUGUAAACAGAGAGCUUCAUCAGCACAUUUGCUACACUGUACGCCGCCAUUGUUGUUGUCGUGGCCGCGUGUGGCGCAUGUGUGUCAAUGAAGAUACGAAACUAUGACGCAAGCGUUUCUGAAAAGCAGCGGAUCGCCCUUACACACAGAGCUGCGUAAACUGUGUUUCAAAAUCUUUCCACUCUGGAACCCAUUUUCAAAAAUGAUCGUUUACAGACCCCCAAAACACCGUCUUCGUGUGGAUGAUACGCAGAUUCGGCAAGAAACUUACGCGUUUAGACCUCGUUUCGCCUUCGUGUGGACGGGGCUUUAUUCUUACUGGUCUGUUGUUAAUUGUUAACGAUUCCCUUGAAGGCGACAUGAAGGUCAGGGUGAGCCGAUCAAAAAUGUAAAAAAGAUGACACUAGAAACUGUAAAUCUGGUAAUUGUCUAUAUGGUAAAAAUUUCUACUAAUAGAUAUCAUCAUGAAACAUCCCCACUUCAUCACUUAUACUAAGACUAUUGUUUUUGUCAUAUACCAUUUCUGAGUUAUUAUGUUUAAUAUAUGCAAGUAAGGUAUUAUUCCACCAAUUUCUCAUACGAUUUCAGAACAAAACUCGAGACGUUGGAAAAAGCAAAGUUCAUUUCAUUUUGCUGGCAUAUUGGAGUGGAAGGUUUUCACACCGGAGGUUUGAAUAUCUCUUCUAUAUCACUCCAUGAAUCAAAAAAUACUUUCAACAGCAACAGUGAAAAAUGAAUUGUUGCCAUGUUUAUGGGUUUCAAAUGAGGCUGCGUAUGAUAUAAGAACAAACCCCACUGCAGAAACCCUCCGAUGUGGGUGUUUGUAAGUGCUAUAGAACUCUGAGAUUUCGGGCUCAGAGUUUGAGAAGAAACAACGCAUUUACUGGCAAACGGUUCAACCGAAAGUUCCCCAGCUGACUACGUUUAGGGGGUUGUUUUUCCUUUUUCAAGAUUCCUGACAUUUAAAGUUUUAAUAUGGAAAUGAGGUAUUCUUUCAUUAAAUGUGCUAAUUUGCAGAAAACUCACCUACAUGUGCAUGUUCUUUCCAUAACUCCAAAAGAAGACAUGUCAUGCAAGCAAAAUAUCCCAAAAUUUUCCUGUAGUGUCUUGCCUUAAAUCUACCGCACAAAUCAACUGUGGAGUUGCACAAACUUUCCCAAAGUAGUUUGGUGCAUCCAGGCUAAAUCUUGUAAACUAUUCUCUCCCCAAUAGUUUUUCAACGCAGCAAGAUGUUAAUACAGAAACCUGCAUUCAUUGAUUUGAAUUUUUUUAUAAACUGAGAUCAGCAGAACCGGCUGGGAACCCAACAUUGACAUAUUAUCACCUUAUGGCAAACUGUCGCUUAUUUUGACAUCCGGCACAUAUGGAGCGACAUUAGCAUUAGUUGGAAUUGUGCUUCUUGUGUCGGCCACCUUGCAAAUGUACAUUUACUAACUUUAUGAGAAGUUUUUUGCUGAAAACAGCUGUUCACCAUGACCAAUGAGACUGAAUCAAAAAGCAAAGUUGCCAGGAGACAAACUGCAAAAUGAUGUUUUUGGUGGGUUUGUCACCACAAUCAUCCCCUUUUACAUGACAUUUAAUCAUUUGAUCCAUUGUCAGCAUAGCCGUAUUAAUCAGGGGGCUUAAGAUGGACGUUUUUGUCGUUUACACUGCUCCGUCUGAAGCAGAAUGUGUUGGAUAUGUGGUGGCGAACGGCUCUCUGUCAAACCAUGAAGCAAAGCUUUGCAAACAGGGUAUUUGGAUGAAUAUGAGGCAGAGGAGACACUGAGCUCUGGUUCAUCUCAGUGUGUGUACUCAUGACUGAGGACAUUGACAGUGGCUGAGGCCCAAGCGGAUGAUGAUAGAAAAGGUCAGCAGCGAUUAAGGCUCACCAUUUCUGGGGCAGACAGUCUCACAGCUGUUCACACCUGAGCUCGCUGCUCCUGCGUGUCCUGCUUUAAAGAGGGGAUUGAGACGGAUAGAACAAGCGCUUUGCUCUCUUUUCCUUUCCCCUUUACUGCCGGGUUAAAUUGCUGUUUUUUAAAGCCGGCACUUGAGGUCAGAGCUUCUGGGAUUACGCCCCAACCACUGACUCCGGCACUUCUAUCCUUUAUGUGUCUCCACCUUGUUAUGCUUUUUCACCACCUCUGCGCUUUCAUCCGUCUUCUUCACUCGACAUCCUUUCCUUUUUCACAAUAGAAAGCAAGUGGAUGAUAAGCACACCAAAAUGCAGUUUAACCUGCGCUUUAUUGGGGGAAGAGUACACUCAGGGUUUUUCAGCAGCCUAUCUUAGAAAAGAGAAAGCGGGAUCGGGUUGUUUAAAGUCACAUGAGGUAAGAAAAUCCAUCCCGGGCACAUUAAUUCCCUGCCUUUGUUUGUCUCCUCUCACCUUGGCAAUGACAACACUCCUGUGCACAGAGAAGAAUGGUGAACCUGCACCUCGGUAUCAGUUUAAUUAAUCUACCGCAUGCCUAAUUAACAAGUUGCAUUAUCUGCUGAAGCACAGAGCCGCGAUGACAAGGGGAGGGGUUGACGGACAGCCAGGGGAAGGCAUAAGGUGACGGACGGGAGGCCCAGACAACCGUCAAACCCCUGUCGCUCCGUAGAUGUCAAACUGACACAAGCUUCUCUUAUUUCUUUCUUUUCUGCCUUUUCCUGGAAAAUGGAUAGACCACAGGUGGAUGAAUGAAAGGGCAGACAAGGAGCUGCUCUCACAGUAAAUCAAAUCAGAGUUGACGCCCAGAGACAGUGUAAUUACAGUUGUGUAAAGGUUCAGGUGUGCCAGGGCUACAACAGAGCAUGAUAAGAUGAUAUGGGAGUGAAACUGUGAAAACUGUGAAAGCUUGGAUAAAAUUUAAUAAGAUUAGUGAGGAAAUAAAUGAGUCAGACUGUGUUGAGAUUUAAAAAUGACUUCUGCAGCUAUCCUCUGCAGAGAUUAUUAGGCGUCCAGCAGAAAUGCCACAAAUUUAUGCACAUUUUUAAUCCCUAGCGAGUUGGUACGAGUGGAUUUCAUAUUGAUAAUGAUCUGUCGUUUAGUUAAAAGUUUGAGAAUCCUAAAGUAAAAUAGACAGCACAUAAAAAGCUGUGUUUGGUUUGAGCUGAGCUGUGUGUGUUUUGUCUCUGUAAGUGAACAGUUGGCUUUUGCCACAUCCUCUGGGACUUGACCGGACUUUUAAAGGCCUUUCUCUGCAAAAACACUCUCUCAAUGCACUCAAAUCGCACAUUCUUUAUGGGGUUUUUUUCCGCUUGAAACUUCAAACCGUGUCUGCCUCUCUUAUCGCUUUUUGACUCCCACCUCUUUUAAUCUCCUCCACUCCUCUCCCCUUUUUCCUCGUCAGGCUUUCUAGCCGGAGCCCCGAGGGCAGGCAAACAGACAGUGACAAAGCCUUAUAAUUGCGAGUCUUAAUUAUGAAGAUGAGUGAGUUAACGGAGGCUCCUGCCAUUUUCCUCUUGGCUCAGUAGCGAGCGGCGUGCCUGAGGGCAGAGCAGCGGGGCAAACCAUUGAACAUCUUCACAGCCAGCAGGUCUCCUCUCAGGCUGAGCCACCUUUUGUAAUUGUCACCCAGUCGUUCAUCUCACUCACAGCUGAGUUCAGCAGAGAUGAAAUGUGAGCUGGAAGCAGGUGUCUGGUUGACACAGCACGACAGAAGUGAGCGCAGCAGCAUUCCUAAACACCAAUAUAAUCUUAAUUUCAUGCUAAAAUCUUAAUAUUUAAGCAUGAAAUUGCAGUAAAUAAACUGAUAUUGCAAGAGAAACAACUUGAGUGUUUGGAAAUGCUGUUGUUGUGAAAACUUUAGGUUUUCCUAAUCUAUUAUAGCAGGACAGAACUGCUAAAAAUUCCUGCACAGCAUCCAGCAACAGGAAGUGAGGAAGUACCUGUAACAACACAUAAUAAUGUAUGCUACUUGCCUUGGAUUUAACCCUUAAACUCUUCGAAAAUCAACUCUUUUUUUUUUAACGUCGCUACCAUGUCAAAAUGAGGGUUUUUUUGGUACCAUAAGCAAAUAAAGCAUUUCCACAGUGAAACCGCAGUGAACCAAUGAGAGUCUCAUAAACCCAGAUAUAGACUUCAUGGAUUUCAUGUGUAACAAAUCUAAAGAACCAAUCCCGUCUACUUGCGCCAUGAUCCUUUCUGUACCAUUAUUCCUCUUCAGAAUUGCUUUCUGGGUCCAACAAUUUGUAGCAUUGUGUAGUUUUGCAGUGUUUUUGGAGCUGGAUGAGGCAGGGAACUAUGUCGAGGCAUUUCAAGGAAGGAAGGGAAUGUUUUCAUGGGAAAAAAUUGCAACUUUGAUGCACAGAGAUGAGUUCUUAGGGGUUACCUCAACAGCCGGAGAGGGACUUGAAAUGCAAAAGUUCAUUGUAAUUAAAGAUCUUCGAGGAAUUCGAAGGUUGACAGGUGCAGUAUGAAUUGUUAAGGCUGUGAAGAUGAACGAUAGCUCUUCUUGGUUGACGGGACGACGUAGCCCAGCAUCAACAACAGCUCGAUGUGUUUCCAGGAGGACAGAAGAGCUGAAAAUUUGUUUUAGGACUUCUCUUUGCCAGCUUCAUAUCCAUUCAGUGAAACAAAUGGCAGGUGACCAAUUCGGGUGCAUGUGGAAGAGUGCAGAUCUCACAUUUUGGGUCUCUGAAAAUUGAGAAUCUGUCCUUCUUAUACGAGCUGUCGAAGCUCUCCGUCGACUCGAUGCAUUAAAAGUCGGCACUCGUCAGUAAUGACAGCCUGAUAAGAGCAGUGGAGGCUGCUGUCCUUCCUCACUCACUCACACACAGACAGACGAUUGAUUUCAUGAUUAGGUCGUCUGUCUUGGGUUCCUUAUUAAGUCUGUCGAUGGCAUUGACGGCACAGUAGCAUCGACCGACCGCUAAAUGAUAGGAAAGCAGACUGUCAUAGUUCACAGCACUCCUCCUCUGCUCCCAUGUGAACACUUAGGUUGUGUACUCUGCCGUGUAAAUACUCAGAUUAUCAUUUACAUCCCCCACUUCCUUUCUUCUUCUUCCUAUCUGCAUCUCAUCAGACUUUUUAAAACUUUAUCUUCUCCUGCUGCAUCACUUCUUCACUGUGCAGGCUCCCCCUAGCAGUAUUUGUAUAAUAUUCUCUGUCUGAUACUGAGUUGAGACAAUUUAUCAUUGUCAGGAAAAGGGUUGUAUUCUGUUGGGAUGGAUGGAUGAAUGGAGACGUGUUACUGCGGGAGAAUGAAGAAACGACAGAGCUGAAUCCGAUGACAAACGCUCCCUUUUUUUCCCUCUUCUGUGAUACAAACACGACAGUUUUUCUAUUUUUGUUUUUUUUGUAAAUCCAUUUAAACUCUGGGUGUGUUUGUUGCUUAGCCUCUCUGGGCCAUAUUCACACAGCCUCUGUAGAGCCCAAAUCCCCUCAUUCUUUCUAUUCCUCCUGCUGACACUGUUUUUAAGCUGCUGCAUCUGAAAAACCGAGACACUUGCUUCAGUCAACACUCUGCAGGACGGCUGGAAGCGAGGUGAUGCUUUACCAUACAGACAAACAUCACCUCUUUUUGACUCUGUUCUUCUGCACAGCUCUCCAGUUCGCAGUGAGCUGUGUCUUACGUGUUCAAGCUGACUUCGAAGAGGCACAAAAUAACAGCAGCCGAGCUCGUGUAAAGCUGUGUGAAUGUGGUCCACAAGUAUUUAUCCAUAUUUAUUGAUGUAUGUUCUUAUGAAUUCCAGUCCUGUCACUGUAUUAUAUUCUUUACAAGACAAAUGAUCAUUAAAGGAAACCCUUGUUUGGAUCCGUUA